UUCAAUUCGAAUCGCCGGUGUCAUUAGUCGGUGCGAGCAUGGCACCAUCCAAUGCCAAUGGAGAGGAUGUUGACGAUCUGGAUGACUUGGACGAUGUGCUAGAAGAGUUCACUGCCCCAGCCAAAGAGCCAGAACAGACAGCUACUCAGACAACUCAGGAGACAGCAGCCACACCGCUCCUAGCAAGCCGAGAUGGCGCCAAAGAUCCGGGUGAUCCAGGCGAGCUGGAUGCGACUUUCGAAGCCGAUCUCGCAAAGGAAAUGGAGGCCUUCAUUGCUCAGAUGGGCGGCGGACCCCCGCCUGCUUCUGGUGCUGCUCAGACGGCGGCAGGCGAUCUUCCACCUGGCUUUCCAGAUCUCUCUGCGCUAGGACUAGAUGGUCCUGGCGGAGACGGCGAGAUGAGCGACGAAGCAUUGCGAAAGAUGUUCGAGCAAAUGCUGUCCGGGUCGGGCAUGCCAGACUUUGCUUCACUCAUGGCCAAUGACAUACCGCCGCCGCUCUCAGCUUCGAGUAGUGGCAGCGUAGCAGCUGCCACAGGCGCAGAGAAAGGCAAAGCGCGGCAGGCAAACGCACCGAAAGCGCCGCAAGACUUUCAAGAGACCAUCAGGCAGACAAUGGAGAAGCUCAAAGGCUCCUCGGACAGCGUCAAGGCGGACCUUGACGCGACCUCGAAUGACCCAAUGGCUGCACUGCUAGCCCAGAUGAGCGGCAGUGGCUCUGAAGAAGAAUUACAGGCUGCCAUCGAAUCCAUGAUGGGUCAGCUGAUGAGCAAAGACCUGCUAUAUGAGCCUCUCAAGGAGCUAUCCACCAAGUACCCACAAUGGCUCAGGGACAAUGAGAGCAAGAUCGAAGCAAGCGAGGUGCAAAGGUACAGAGCCCAACAAGAAGUAGUAGACGAGAUUGUGCGGAGUUACGAAUCGCCAAAGUUCAACGACGACGACGAGGCGCAGCAGAAGCAUAUCGUCGAGCUCAUGUCCAAGAUGCAAGAAUCUGGAGCCCCGCCGACGGAGCUCAUGGGAGAAAUGCCACCUGGAAUGAAUCUAGACAACCUGCCGAGUGACAUGGAGAACUGUACAAUCAUGUAAUGCAUCACGUCUGUACUUGCGCUA